AUGGAAAAUUUAGUUUUGCGACAGACAUCGUCGACAGACAGAUUUUUAAAGUUGCUUGAAGACCCCUUUCAGUCGGCGUUCCAAGAACGUGCUUUCUGGGCAUCUUUAGGAACGUCGUUAGGCACCACGCUUGGCCUAGCCCUUCUUUUCUGCCUCUUUCGACCCCGAAAUUCAGUAGUGUAUGCGCCCAAGCUGAAGCAUGCGGACCGAAGACAUGCACCGCCUCCCCUGGGGAAAGGGAUAUUUGCGUGGAUUACGCCCAUUAUAAAAACAAAAGAAGCUGAAUUGGUAGACAAGAUUGGCCUGGAUGCCACGGUAUUUUUGCGAUUCACCCGCAUGUGUCGAAAUAUGUUUCUUGUGUUGAGCCUCGUGGGUUGCGCGAUUAUGAUUCCGGUAAACGUUACUGGGAGCGAACGUUCCAUUUCGAAAACUGCCAGUAUAUUCUCGACGAUGACCCCGAUGUAUGUCUUCAGCUACAAGGCACUGUGGACGCAUAUCGCCCUUGCUUGGAUUUUUGAUGCUAUCGUGGCUUUUUUCCUAUGGCACAACUACAGAGCCAUGGGCAGGUUGAGAAGAGCGUACUUCCAAGGCCCCGAUUUCCAACAAAGUCUGCAUGCUCGAACUAUCAUGGUGACGCAUAUUCCAUCGUCGUAUAGAACGGACGAGGGGCUAUUACGACUGACAGACGAAGUGAACCCAAACGUCUCUAUACCCCGUGCAUCAAUCGGUAGAAAUGUGAAGGAGCUUCCGAAAUUGAUACGGGAGCAUGAAGUGGUGGUCCAGGAGCUAGAGGAGGUCUUGGCUAAGUAUUUUAAACACCCGGAUCGCCUUCCAGCCAAACGACCCACCUGCCGACCAAAGAAGGAAUUCAGAGGUGAAAAUUCGCCGGAAAAGGUCGAUGCAAUCGACUAUUAUACGGUCCGUAUUCGAACACUGGAGGCUGAGAUUAAACAUGUUCGGGAGUCUAUUGACAAGCGCAACGCCAUGCCGUACGGCUUUGCCAGCUGGGACUCCAUUGAAAAUGCCCAUAUGGUGGCAUAUGCGGCGCGAAACAAACACCCACAAGGCACAGAUAUUACCCUUGCUCCACGACCCAAUGAUAUCAUUUGGGACAACCUGGCUUUAAGUAAAGCUGAUCUCCGGAGAAGACGAGCCGUCAAUAUUCUCUGGAACACACUUCUCACAGUGAUAUGGAUCGCGCCCAAUGCCAUGAUUGCUAUUUUCUUGACCAAUUUAGCACAUCUGGGGUCCGUCUGGAAAGGUUUCCAGACGUCUCUAAAUGCACACCCCAAAGUGUGGUCUGCCAUUCAAGGUAUUGCGUCGCCUGCCAUCACCUCGUUGGUAUAUCUCGUCCUCCCUAUCAUUUUCCGCCGUCUGGCAAUACGCGCUGGAAAAUCAACAAAAUCUUCUCGAGAACGCCACGUUCUUCACAGUCUCUACGCAUUCUUCGUAUUCAACAAUUUGAUUGUCUUCUCAGUGUUUUCUGCCAUUUGGGGCUUCAUUUCCACUGUGAUUAUGGAAACCAACAAUAAGAAGAGCGCCUGGGAAGCAAUCACUGCUGGCGGAUUUUACGUAAGGAUCAUGAUAGCACUGUGCAGAGUUUCCCCGUUUUGGGUAACCUGGUUGCUCCAGAGAAAUUUGGGUGCUGCAGUUGAUCUUAUGCAACUCAUCAACAUGGUCUGGACCUUUUUUGCCCGUAAGUUCUUGAGUCCUACCCCAAGGAAGGCUAUUGAGUGGACCGCGCCGCCACCAUUCGACUACGCUAGUUAUUUUAAUUACUUUUUGUUCUACGCAACAAUUGCGUUCUGCUUUGCAUCACUGCAGCCCAUUAUACUUCCUGUCACUGCCCUCUAUUUUGCAGUAGACUCGUGGCUGAAAAAGUACCUUUUGUUAUACGUCUUUAUUACCAAAACGGAGUCCGGAGGCCGAUUUUGGCGCGUCGUUUUCAACCGUUUGAUAUUUGCCCUUAUUCUCGCCAACUUCAUUGUCGGACUGGUCGUGAAGGCUAGAGGCACUUGGAUGAUGAUCUUUGCUCUCGUGCCUCUUCCUUUCUUGUUGAUAGCGUUCAAGUGGUACUGCAAGAAGACUUUCGAUGACGAACUGUUGUAUUACCAUCGAGCUCUCCCUACGGACCCGGAGUCCAGUGAAAAUGGCAAGGGAGGCAAAAGAGCUGAGGAGCGUUUGAGCUCGAGAUUUGGGCAUCCAGCUUUGUAUAAACCUCUAACGACGCCCAUGGUUCAUGCCAAAGCAGCAGAUGCUCUUGAAAAAUUGUUCCAAGGCCGUCAGUCUGCCAACGUCGGUGCAAGUGAUUAUUCCGAUAUCGCGUUGCAUAGGAUGUCCCCCACAGAUCCCGGGAAAUCUUCCGAGAGAAAUGACGCUCCGUUCGAAGUUGUUGCCGAGAACCAGCUUGAUUUCUCCUACUUCAAAGACAGACCGGAUUUCCGUGAAGAGUUUGGAGGAGGCAUCUACGGCCGCCCCGAUGAUUUGAUUUCUGAACGCUCCCACACGCCAAUGACUCUGCUGGCUGGUGCUGGGUCUCCUGGUUACUCUCGAUCUGGCUCGCCAGCACCUUCGCAGCGCUCGGUGACUUUCAAUGGCCCUCAUGGACGAUACCCGAAUAUUUCGGACCAUCCAGCAUUUCAGUCAUCGGACUCUAAGCCCUACACGUUUUACAAGCAGUCUAACGAGAGCGAACGGAACCUAUUAAACAAUCCUCAAGCUCCACCGCUGCGAUCCUCAACCGACGUCGCCUCUGUGGAUAGAUGGCAGGCGGACGCACCAACCGGCUAUUCUACACACCGUACUGCAUCUCCGUACGAACCAUUUCGACCUCGCUAG